AGAGUUAAGUAAGACACUUGGGCGAAAACACCCAACACAUCGGUUCUACACAUCGGUUAGGAGACACAAAUCAACGUUAUUAGCGAACAUGUUUCGUUGUGGAAUCGCUUAUCCAAGAUGCAGGUGGAUCCUUCCUCUGCUUCUGCUGUUUGCGGUGAUUUUUGACAUUAUUGCCAUCGCAGCGCAGUCUGGAUGGGUUGAAGACCAGGGCGCCAAAACCCACUACGCCAGCAUGUGGAAACAGUGUCGAGGCCGCAACGAUAAUUGGGAAUGCAAAUCCCUCAUGGAGUUGCCAUGGGCUCAGGCUGUCGCUGCUCUGAUGAUCAUCGGCCUCAUCAUCCUCAUCAUCGCCUUCAUCAUCUCAUUCGUUGCUCUCUGUUGUACCCUAAACAUCUCUCUGCUGCCUUUAAUUGGAGGCUUACUUAUCAUGGCUGUAAUCAUCCAGAUAAUCGCUCUGAUCAUCUACCCUGUCAAGUUCAAUGAGAUCAUCUACGAAGGUUAUUAUGACUACACCUGGGCAUACGGGUUUGGUUGGGGCGCCACCAUCCUGAUGCUGGGGUGUGGUAUCCUCUUCUGCUGUCUUCCCCGCUAUGAGGAAGAGCUCUCCGGCAUGGCCAAGACCAAAUACAUCUACACCUCUGCCUGAAGCCCCCAAGUAUUCUACUAAAGGACUGUGUUUUGCCACCCAAGACCGAAUGUCAAUGCUCACCGCACCACGUUGUGCAAGAUCUGCAGAAGCUUUGUCAUUUUUACCCAAACAAAGUGUAGCAGCAUACUGACUGUGAUAAGGGCUGGGCUAAUGCAAACAGCUUUAGAAUUUAUUUUAACUGGAAAUUUAUUUUCUUUCACAAACAGACUGGGCUUUCGUAUUUUGUCAUGAGAAACCCAUAAAGCAUUUUUCAAAUGUAAUUAAUUAUAAUAGUAGUAACUAUUAAAAUGCAUUUCCAAGCACCUCAGAAAAUAAUUACUUUUUAAGUACAUGUAGUUUGUUUGAAUUCCUCAGUGCAUACUAGGGAUGUGCCCAAAGCCAUAUACCUUAUUCAGAAAGGCACGAAUAAUGACUUCAAAACGAAUAACAAAAUUCAUCGGAAUAAUAGAAAAAAUAUUUGGAAGACUGAUCAUCCAAUGAGCACAGGUGUUAGGCGAUAUUUUAAAUAAACAUAUCGAAAAUUACAAAGCAAUGAAGAGUCUGUAAAACCAAUAUUACUACAGUGUAAACCGUAUGAAGGAAAAUGCACAUGGUGUGAUUUAAAGUUCAUUGGAUGGCCGCGGUCUCGACUCCGUUUCAGUCUCCAUUUAUUGUGUGCCUCUCAGAAAUCUAAUCUUAUCAAGAGUAACAUUAACUAAGAUACUAUAUCAUACACAUCUUCCACUUUUAAAAGUUUCUGUUAACACAUCAACACCAAAUGUUUCACACAACUCACACGCAAGGAUUAAAAAAACAACCGGAGCGUGAUUUUGCAUUCCUGGCCAGAGAAGUGAUGAUUUUAUAGCGGAGCUCAUCUGUUCCGUCUCUUAAAGCUGACCACAUUUAUAUCCAUCACCAAUUAAGGUAAUUGCAUGGUUUAUCCAUUAUUCCCGAACAGUUUAAAUGCUCCAUAGAGGUUUAAAUACUUGCAGAUCUAUUCAGAAUAUUCCUGCACACAGAGGAUUGCAGAAAAACCAAAACAUGCGCAUUUUCCCCGCUUUUCUUUUCUAGCAAUGUAUUGAGGCUUGCUCUUGCUAUUUAUUCCACUGCAUUUUGCUAAUUUGCACAUGUAAUUUAACUAAAUAAUUAUAUCCUCCACAUUAUGUUAAAAUAUGUGCACACAAAAUAAGCCUCGAGUGUAGCCUAUCAUAAAACGUUCUGAUGUAGAUUUAUGGUGCUUUCACCUGUUUGUAGGCUUAAUUAAUUUGUUCUAAUUUCUUUUAAUACUUGUAUUUGUGUUUAAUAUUCAUUGCAAAAUGUGUGCUUGAAAUUUCACACUUGCUUGACACCUCGUGCCCCCCAAAUAACAUUGUUAUACUUGCACACUGCACAGACAUAAGCUAAAAAAUUCUGUUUCAGCAGAUAUUAAAUGUCACAUUCCACAGUUAAUGUAGCCUACAUAUCCAGCUUCAUCUGGUGAGAAAACAAUAAUAUCAAUAAUAUAAUUAAAUAAUUAAAUUACAAUUUUAAAAAUAAUUACAAUAAUUAAAAUAAUUACAAUAAUAAUAAUAGUAGUAAUAAUAAUAAUAAUUAUUAUUAAUAAUAAUAUUUAAAUAGGCCUAUCUGAGGCAUAUUUUAUAUACAUAAACUAUAAAUGUAAGAGAGUUUCAUUUUAAAAUUAACUUUGAGACACUUCUGGUUUAAGCCACGCCCACAUCCGGUUCUAUCCGAUAACAGAUACAGAUAAUGGCUUUGCUGCACACCCCUAGUGCAUACUAAUGUAAUUACACUGUAACAUGAACACUGCAAUGUAAAGUGUGUCUGAGUUUUGUUAUUUGUGGACUUCUUGAACAUCUUUAAAUAUCAGCAUAAACAAAACAUUUGUAUAAUGUUUAUGCAGUUUUGAAGGAAUGUGUCAUUCCAUGUCGACCCUGUUAUGUUUAUCAUCAUAGCAGUCAUGCAUAAUAGAUUGCACACUAGUGAUGUCCCCCAAAGUGCUCUUACUGUCAGCAAACAAUGCGACUGGCCAAGUCCAGUGUGUAUGAAUAAAGUAAGCUUAAUUUUUCAGCAAAAUAGAUGACUAAGUGAUAGUAUGAUUUUUUUAAAAACCUUUAAAAUAUAUUGAUACAUUGUGCCUUGAUAAGUUCACAGCUUAAAAUGAGUAUCUGGUUCUUUCAGUAAUAAUGUGGAAAACAAAAAGCAUAACCACCUCAAGGUGAAAUUAUAUCAAAUGUAUAUUCUGCUAGGCUUGUAAACUAUGCAAUGUUGGAGGUUUUCACUACAUUCUGACAAUUUUUUUUUUACUGUUUUGAAGGUUGUGUUCAUUGUGGUUCUUUGUGUUCUGAAUUGUAAACCAUACUUCAAUAAAAGGGAGAUUUACUAUUAA